UUUAAAAAAAAAGAGUUCUCACUCAGUUCCUAGCAUUAAUUCCGACUGGGCGGACAAGCCCGCACGAACACAAAAACAUAAAGCACCGUAACCGUAGCCCAUGUAGCAAUACCCAGCCAUCCAAAAGAAUUUGGUAAAUAUCAACAGCAACAUUCGCACCACAGGAUAGCCAGGAUUUACUAGGCAGUUAGCAGGAACAAGAAGAAUUUUUGCUAGGAAUUGGGAACCACAGACAACCGGGAACUGUAUACAAAUUUAACCCAUCAAGGAUGUCGCAAGUGAUGCAGAUGACCCGCCACGUGACCAGCUGGUUGGGCUGGACACCGGCAUCUUCGUGCGAUGGCCUGCCGGCGGCGGAGGAGGAGGACCCCAUCCAGGAGUCGUCCGGCUUUGUCACCGUCCUGAUUCUCUACCUGGGCAUGGCUGGCUUCUUUGCGGCCCUCAAUCUCUUUCCGCGGGACAAGCGGGAGCGACGGCAGGUGCAGCGGUUGGAGCGGCAGGGCAGGGAAAGUAGUUAUUCAUCCCUGCCCCUAACUUGGCUGGUCAACCUGACCUCGCUGAUCUGCGAGGUGGCUGCGCCCAGGCGUCCUUCCGUCUUUUUGCAGCAGCAGCGAUUGCGGAUGCGCCUGCUCCGGCAGAAGGAACAGGAGCUUGUGAUGGCGGCCGAGUGGCAGGAGCUUCCCACUUGGCAGGAUGUCCUCGAUGAUGAAGGGGAGGAGAAGGAGGAGGCGGAGGAGGAGCAGGUGGAGCAGCCGGUGGCUGCCAUCUGUCUCAUGCCAAAGCGCCAAAAGUCCACCUAUUUCGAUCUGCCCUCCGAAUCCGAAUAGCCAGAAUAACCAGGCAAAUCCAAAUCAUAUUGUGAGAUUCAGAAAAAAUAAAAUCCCAAUAAAUAAGCGAGUUUCUUGAUUGAUUUCGAGACAAUUGCAA